UGAGACUCCAGACCUCGAGUUCAGGAGGGUUGAAGAUGGUAAGAACCUUGGGCGCAUUUUGCCUAUCUGGUGCCGUUGAGAUAUUCCGGGUUUCUUGUCAUCCUGAACAUGGCGUUUGAGUCAGACUGAAUCUUUCUUUUCGCCUUUUCCCCCCCCAAUCUGCACCAAUCCAGUCCCAUCGAGAUGACGGCGCGUCUUCGUCGCGAUGGGACCCUGAGCUCUGUGUUGCUACUUGCGGCAAACCUCCUGAUCCCGGCCGCCAUCUUCGUGUUUGCUACCGGCUUCUUUCCAUUCAAGCCGCUGCUUCCCGGGCUGGCCAGUUAUGAUGCCGUGACCGAGUACGGCGAACCCCCGGCGGCGCCCUUCGACAAACUCGUCUUCAUUGUGAUCGAUGCCCUGCGAAGUGACUUCGUCUACACUGCAGACAGUGGCUUCGAGUUCACGCAAUCGCUGAUCCGCGAUGGCGCUGCCCUCCCCUUCACGGCGCACGCCACCUCGCCGACCGUCACAAUGCCCCGGCUCAAGGCCAUAACCACCGGCUCCAUCCCCUCUUUCCUGGACGUCGUUCUCAAUCUCGACGAAGGAGACGAGAGCUCAAGCCUGGCGUCGCAGGACACAUGGCUGGCGCAGAUGCAGGCCAAGGGCACGGGGAAGCUGGUCAUGUACGGUGAUGAUACGUGGCUGAAGCUGUUUCCCGGGACAUUUGAUCGUGCCGAGGGUACAACGAGCUUCUUCGUCUCGGACUUCACCGAGGUGGACAACAACGUCACGCGGCACAUCUCGGCCGAGCUCAAGAGGAAUGACUGGAACAUUAUGAUUCUUCACUACCUCGGGCUGGAUCACAUCGGCCAUAAGGGUGGGCCGAGAAGUCCUCACAUGGUUGCGAAGCAGCGAGAAAUGGAUGGUAUCAUCCGCCAGAUCUAUGCCGCUAUCGAGUCCGAGGAUCAUCUCCGUUCUACCCUAUUUGUGUUUUGUGGUGACCACGGCAUGAAUGACGCCGGGAACCAUGGCGCCUCUUCACCAGGAGAGACCUCGCCAGCGCUGGUGUUCAUGUCCCCAAAGCUCCGAGACCUGAAGCGCAACUUGCAGUCACCACUGCCGGAAAGUGAGGACUUCCAGUAUUACAGCACCGUGGAGCAGUCUGAUCUGGCCCCAACACUCGCUGCUUUACUGGGCUUUCCUGUUCCCAAAAAUAACGUGGGCGCCCUCAUUCCCGACUUUCUACCCUUCUGGUCAAACAAGAAAGAUCAAAUCCAGCUCCUGAUGCGUAAUGCCCGCCAGAUUCUCGACAUCGUUCUCGCAGCCUUUGGCAAGGAGAUCCUAGACUCGGAGUCGGAUGCUGGCACACUCACAAAGUCCAAGGCUGAUUAUCAGGAGCUCGCGCAUGGCUGGAGGCACCUAGUCGGCAAGUACCGCCAAAAUGCUGGCUGCGAGGACUGUUCAGAGUUGACGGCCUCAAUUAUUGAGUGGCUACGACAUGCACAAAGCGUCCUGAGCAGCAUGGCCAGCAAUUAUGACAUGUCCAGGCUCUUUCUGGGACAGGCUGCUGCCGUGCUGGCCCUGAUCGCCGCUGUAAUCGCCGCCGAGCGUUGCGCCAAUGAUCGCGCUGUGUCUUUCAUUCCUCUUUCCGGUAUCAGCCUCGCCUACGGUGUGAUGAUGUUCGCAAGCAGUUACGUCGAAGAAGAACACCACUUCUGGUAUUGGGCAACGACCGCCUGGUUCGCUUACCUCGGUGUCAGGGAGUUCAAGCGGGGCACCAGAUCAGCCGCACUUAACGUACUCUCAACCACCGCCCUGCUCCUCGCCACGCGCGUCAUCAGGAGCUGGAACCAGACCGGCCAAAAGUUCGCCGGAGAUCCAGACAUCGUCAAAACGUACCUCCAGACAAGCCCGGUGCUACUCUGGUGCUUCAUCGGCGCUACCUACCUCUGGGUUCACCAGAACCUAAUUUACGGUCUCAGCGGGCUGCCAAUCUGGUUUAGCUUCGCAGCCGCAACCGGUCUGAUUCUCGCCGCCUUCACCUUCAAAGUGGCAUUUACCCUUGAAGACGCCCCCGAGCUGGUGACCGAGUUCACCCGCCGCUUGCUCAAUCUCAACUUCACUGAAGGGACCUCCCUCAUCGCUCGGGCCCGCGCAGUCUUCAUCGGCAUUGUCCUGCUGGCCGUGCUGACAGUCAUUUUCAUCCUCGUCCGUCGACGCAUCUCCUUGGGUCAGAGCGGUCCAUCAACCCUCUUCACCCUCUACACCCUCCUAGCCAUAACCCAGUCCCGCUCGACCAACAUCCCCCUCUACCUGCUCUUCAACAUCCAGCACCGUAUUUUGUCGUUCCUAGCGGAUGACAACAACGACGGUAAUGAGAAGCAAAAUGAUAGUUUGUCACCCAUCGAAGUAAGCACCACGACCCUCCUCCUACAGCAUGCCGCAUUCUUCGCCCUGGGCGGCUCCAACUCGAUUGCGUCGGUCGACCUCUCGAGUGCGUACAACGGCGUGGCAAGCUACGAUAUGGGCGCCGUCGGGGUACUUACGUUUGUGGGGAACUGGGCGGGGAGUAUCUGGUGGAGCUGGGCGGGAGUUUUGUUACUCCUGUCCAAUAGGGAGAAGGGCUUGAUGAGGAGGCCGGCAGCAGAGAGGGAGGAGUUGUGGAAGAGCCAUGUGGCGGCGCUGACUGUGUUUGUGGCGGCGAGCGUGGCAACUGUCAUGGCGGCCUGUACGGCGCUGAGGACGCAUCUGUUCGUGUGGACUGUGUUUUCGCCAAAGUAUUUGUAUUGCGUGGCCUGGAGUCUGGGGCAGCAUUUGAUGGUGGAUGUUGGGGUGGGUGGGUUGGUGUAUUGGCUUGGGGUCAUAGAGGGGAAGUAGAAGGGGGUUGGACGUCAGCAGAAGGGACUAAUGAUUGAUAGAUGAGCAGAAGACAGAUGGCAUGGUGAAAUGCAAGGAAGGAUAGUAUCGUGUUUCAUAUCGCUCAUACCCAGACAGAAAAACCUGCACAAACCUCAGAGAUCCUCACAUAACG